AAAGCCAAGAAAACAACAAAAGCCCAAAUAUUAAUUAAUUAAAAAUUAAAAAGAAAAGUGAUUGACUGUGACUAAUAUUAAAGUUCAACGUAAAAUUAAAUUUUCAUCAAGCUCUAGAUAAUAUUCAUGAUCAUAUUUAUAGUUAAGAAGCAUAAUAUUGCAUACGACAACAUAAAGAAGUAUAGAAGUAACAGAAACUCCGGCUAAGAAAUGCACUUCUCCAUUCCGGACACUCAAGAAUUAUAUGCGGAGCUAACUGGUACCACCUACACAGGCUAUAAUAUAUACAUUAAUGGCAGCUACCAUUGCUGUUUGCGCUAUAAGCAACUGCAUGCCUUGCAUGAGCAACUGCGGCGUCGUUGUGCUGAUCUCAAUAUACAAUUGCCAGCUACAUUCCCACCAAAGCGGCUCCUACCAUUAACUAACGGCCAACUAGAAUCUAGGCGUGCUUCAUUAGAACACUAUUUGCAAUUAUGUGGACAAGAUGCAGUUAUUUCCAAAAUAGAACAAUUUCAAAAUUAUCUCUUGAAUGCACAGCAAGAAACGUCAUUAGUCGAAGGCGUCUUAGGCCAUGAUUUCAGCGGUAGUGAUUUGAAACGAGUUUCAGCUGUGCUGGAGGUGUGGCUUUCAAAUGACCUCACUAUACAGGUCAAUUGUCAUAUCGGUGAUAAUGCUAGUUCGGUAUUACGUACUGUAUGUGAAUGUGUCCAACUACCUACACAAUUUAUGCAACAUUUUUGCCUUUAUUUGGUGCGACGUGAAGACAGUGAUAUCAUACAAAAUAAAUUGGUGCUAUUAAGACGUUUAAUGGACUUCGAAUCACCGUACUUGUCCCGUUUGUGGGCACAAGAAAAAUCCCCAAUGUGUCAUGUAAUGAUGCGGAAAAGCUAUUGGAAUCCAAUAUAUGACUUAGGAUUACUACAUGAUCCAAUAGCGCUAAAAUUGCUCUCUGCACAAAUUUCCAUGGAUAUAGAUAAUGAAUGGAUCAUUACGCCCCCCGAUGUGAUGCAGAAGCUUAUAAGUUUUCAGGAACACGGACUGCAAAAAGAAUACAUUCAGAUGGCCCGACAGCUGCCACUUUACGGUUGCUUACAAUUCAGUGCAUGCAUUGUUGAUUAUCCAGAACCACGUACGACAGCGCUGAUUUCAAUAGGCAAUAAAGAAUUAAGUAUGCGUACGGCAAAGGCUGGCAAAAUUUAUGAGACUAAAUUUCGGGUUACACGUAUGCGUUGUUGGCGGGUUACAGCAAUGCAUAAUACCAGCACUAUUGAUUCAUCAAUUUCCAACAGUGGUAACGAUAAUCCAAAUAAUUAUGGAAAGUCCCCGACCAAUUUACAACUCGCUUUCGAAUAUUUGAUGUCUAAGCAAACUUUACGCUGGAUUACAAUUACCAGCGCCCAAGCUAUGCUCAUGUCGGUUUGUCUGCAAUCGAUGGUUGAUGAAUUGCUAAAUUGUAAAGACACCAUUGACGGCUUAAACGCACGCAUUGCAGAUAACUCUCAAACGCAAUUGUUAUCCUACGUUUCCCGUAAUGGGCGAGUUUCACAUUCACCACCUUCAAUACUGACUUCCUCUGCAUCUACACCUUCUUUGUCCACGGAAUUAAUGUCGUCAUCGACUGCAACAACAGCGACUACAACAUCAAGUUCAUCUUCUUCGUCGUCGCCCACGGCACCAGUUAAAUUUCUCACACAACCCACACGGACGAAAUGCAAUCCAAAAAUAUCUAACUCUAGCUCAUACUCGGCAGUUUUCUUUCGCAAUAUUGCUGAGGAAUCUGUACACAACGAAGCAUUCGAAGGAAUUGGCGAUGAUGAUCUUUAAAGAAAAUACAUAAAAAAUGAUAACUAAAAGUGCACAAACGAUUUUAUUCUCGAUCAAAAUGCACAAAUUUCUCCAUUAUUGAACAUAAAUACAAAAAUUUGGUUUUUAAUAGCCUAAACGAGACAACUGCAUUUAUAAAUGCACUAAAGAAUAGAUGUUAAAUUACGUUUAUCUACGGCAAACAAGCACCGGUCCAAAUAUUUAAUGUAUUAAAAUACAUUGGAAAACAAACUUGUUAAAAAAUUUUAUUACUCUUGUCGAAAAUAUUGCCAAAUUAUUAAGGAUUAGUUUGUUAUAGUAAAAUUUGAUACUAAUAAGGGUUUUAUUUUAAUUUUACACAAAAAGCAUAAAUACGGACUACAUCAAGUACUUGUUGUUAGUCUAUUAAAUUUUUGAAAAAAAGUGCAUUUACAUUUGCAUUUUAUGAUAUGUGUAUGUAUGUAUU